AUGCGGCCAGGUACAAUAUUGCUUUUAGCCCUAACAGUGGCGGUCGCUUUGACGACACAGUAUUGUGAGUGUGCGAGGUUGCGUGGUCUCUCACUAACUGAGGAGGAUGAUGAAUUUCAACCGAGGCGUUUCUAUCGGGAGUUCGGACUAAUAAGGAAACGUCCAUCGCGUGGAUACGACGAAUUCGAUGACUACGGACAUUUGAGAUUCGGCCGCUCUGACAAGUAA